AUGCCUGUGCGCAACGAGCCGCCCUCAUCUGGCGGCUCUGCUGCCGGUGGUCAGCUCAAUGCCAAGCUACUCAACGGCCACAUCUCGCAUGCCAGCAACGCUGACGAGCUGCUUUCGCUCUGCGCUGCCAACAGCACGAGGUUGAAUUACAUCCACGCUGCGAACCUGUGGAACAAACUUGGCAAGCAGCGCAUCGAGCGGCGGCACGAGGAGCAGCUGGAGCGGCUGAAUCCGUCGAGGUGGAGCGAGAACGACCGCUCUCAGCUGCACCAGUGGCAGCUCUGGCUCUUCCUGGAACGCGGCGCAGAAGAGCAGCAGCAUCUCCUCUCGGACUCCCAGCGCCUGCUUUUUCGCGAGGCCAUGCAGAUGAACGUAGCUCGCCCCUCUGGUUUGCAGCGUUCGGUCUCGGAUGCCCUUAGCGCCGUCCGGUCCGGCUUCGAGGAAGAGCAUCUUGAGCCGCGCACCGGCUACUCGCUCGAUCUGGCGCUGCCCUCGUCACGCAUCGCGAUCGAGGUGGACGGCCCGUCUCACUUCCUGCUGCCUGACAGCCAAGGCGUGCGCGCGCCCAACGGCCCAACGAAGCUCAAGCGGCGCCUCCUCGCCGCGGCUGGCUGGAGGGCGCCCGCAACGGUCUCGACACUCGAGCGCGAAUGCGGAAUGGUCAUUCCGCUGGCAUAUCUUGCGAACGGAUCGAAGCGCAAAAAGGACAGUCUUUGA